ACACGUGUACGCGCCAGAUCUUUUCUACUCAGUCUUUUCUUUUCCCUUCAACUUUUCUCGGAAGCUCUUUCAAUCGCUGCUAACGAACCCGAAACUGAGCAUGAAUUGACCACCGUCUCCACUAACUACCGCCACCACAACCGUCCCCAUGGCAGACAAUUUACUGUCACAAACACAAACACCAGCAACACCGUCAAUGCAAACAUCUUCCCCCAAACCCCUCCAAUCCCCUAUGCUGGACCCCACUCCCUCCUCCUUACCCCCCUCCACCCCCGCCACUUCAGCGCCUUUACUCCACCGCCCUCCUCCUCCACAGUCCGUCGCCAGCCCGUCGACCCCUCAGCAACAACAAAAUCCGUCUCCUUCUCCUUCUCUUGACCCACAAAUUCUCCAACAACAACAAAUGGCUCAGAACCUUAACGUUGCAGCCAUGUCGAAUUACCAAAUCCCACAAACCUUGCAUCGAUCCCCAUCAAUCUCACGUCUGAAUCAAAUUCAACAGCAGCAGCAACCACAACAACAUUCUGCAUACGGCGUCUUGAGGCAACCAGCUUUGUACAGUCAAGCGAAUUUCAAUCAACAGAAUCAGCAGCAAACCCAGCAAAACCCACAACUGGGUUCUUCUAAUUUAUCGCGCUUAGGCCUUAUGGGGCAGACGGGGCACCUGCCCAUGCUGACUGGGGCAUCCGCCGCCCCGUACAAUUUACAGUCUCAAUUGCUCACUUCGCCGAGACAGAAAGCUGGUUUAGCCCAGGGAUCCCAGUUCCAUCCUAGUAAUUCGCCUGGGCAACCAUUGCAAGGAAUUCAAGCAAUGGGAAUGAUGGGGCCACUUAAUUUGGGCUCACAAUUGAGGGCUAGUGGACCCCUUGCUUAUGCACAACAGCGGAUGAAUCAGGGGCAGCUGCGGCAGCAACUGUCACAACAGAAUUCUCUCAACUCCCCUCAGGUCCAGAACUUACCCAGGACUUCAUCUCUGGCAUUUAUGAACCCUCAGUUAUCUGGCCUGGCUCAAAAUGCACAGGCGGGUAUGAUGCAGAACUCUUUGUCACAGCAACAGUGGUUGAAGCCUCCGACAAUGUCUAACCCUGCCUCACCUUCAGUCUGUCUCCAACAACAUCAGAGGCAGCCACAAGUCCUCUUGCACCAGAAUUCUUUGGCCUUAAACCCACAGCAAUUAUCCCAGCUGGUUCUGCAGAAGCAGCCACAAUUGGGGCAUCCACAGAUACAUAAAGCUCAACAGCAAACACAUACACAGCCGCAGUCGCACUUGCAGCAACAGCAACAUCAACACCAACAAUUACAGCAGCAACCAACCUUGCAUCAACAGCAACACCAACAGCAGCAGCAGUCUCCAAGGCUUCCAGGUCAUGCAGUCCAGAAAUCUCUUAGUUUGACUGGAUCACAGCCAGAUGCAACUGCCUCUAGCACAACUACACCUGGGGGGAGUUCAAGCCAAGGAACAGAAGCAACUAAUCAGCUCCUCGGAAAGAGAAAGAUACAGGAUCUUGUUUCCCAGGUGGAUUCACGGGGAAAACUGGAUCCGGAGGUUGAAGAUCUUCUUUUGGAGAUUGCCGAUGACUUUAUUGACUCUGUUACUUCAUUCGCUUGUAAUCUGGCAAAGCACCGAAAAUCAUCAACUUUAGAGUCCAGGGACAUAUUGCUACAUUUAGAGAAGAAUUGGCAAUUGACAGUUCCUGGAUUCUCAAGUGAAGGUCAGAAACAUCAGAGGAAACAGUUAUCAAGUGAUCUCCACAAAAAGCGUCUUGAUAUGAUUCGUACAUUGAUGGAAUCCUCGUUUCCCGAAACCAAUGUGAACAGUACUAGAGAGAUGAUGAAACCAGGCUUAAGCAAUCAAGUUGGUGUCAACAACUUUGUAAGAGCUUCACCAAGUUCAGAGCAGUUUGUUUCACAAGCAGCUGGUUCUCAAAUGCUGCAGCAAAUAACACGGUAUUGAUGGAUAUUUGUCCUCGAUUGUAAUUGGUCUUCAUGCUGAAUGGUGGUAGCCACAUGGACCUUAUUGGUAAGCUUUGUAAGCUUGCACAUAAAUUUGUUGCCGCUCAUAAUUGACUAUUUGUUGGCACUAAUAAUUGAUAAUAUAUUGUUUCUUUCGAUGGGCUUAGCCAGUCUCAUGUAGAUGAGAUAUAUCUUAUUAAAGAAAGAAUUGUCAUAAGUGAUACAUGUAAAUAAAGUUCAGGCUGCACAUCAAGGAUUAAGAAUCUUGGAUCCUUCCAUUUCAUUCACCAGUGUAUUGAAACUUCGACAUAAGAGGGAGGGAGACUGGUUAUUAGUUUGAUUAAUGAAUCAAAGAUUAACAAAAGCAAAAGCUGUAGUUGGAUCGCCGAAGCUCAGGGCAGUAAUAACUCAGCAAGUAGUAGAAUGAAUGAACAAAUUCCCAGAAAGUUGACCUUCUAACUUUCAAUUUAUACAGUUGAUUCAUGUCUAUUUGCUUUGGUAAAUCAAAAUAAAAUUUUCCAUAUAUAGGCACAAAAUUAAGGUGAGUUUGCAUCCCAGUUCCACAAGCUAUUUUUGAGUUUACCACCAUAAAUGAAGCUUUGGCCACGUUGGCUCUUGCCAUGUUUAUAGAUGUAGCUCUAUAGGCUCUUUACGCAUCAAUUUUUGUUUUCAUGUUUUAAACUUUUAUAUUUUUGUAUAUUAGUCUGCAAAUUCAUAGUGCAGGAUUGUUUU